AUGGGUGCUGGGAACCUCACCGUAGCUCGCGAGACGGUUCGGAGCGGAGAGGAGAUUUUGAGAGGAGUAGUGGUUCGGAGUGCGGCAGGAGCGGAGCUUCCGAUGCACGUGAAGGCGGAGCCGUCAGCAUCGGGUGCUAUGGAUUGCGAUUGCGACACGCACGAGCGCUGCGAUGGCGAUUCGGGUCCAUUGCUCUGUUCCGAGGACCUCCUCACGCGAAGCAGGGUGACGACUGGCGCUGCUGCCCCGGCCACUGCUGGCGAUGCGCGCAUAACCGCCGAUGCGCCCGCUACUCCCGAUGCGCCCACGGCCUCUAGGCGGAGAGCCAGAGCGCGAGGCAGAGACGGGAGCGGCAGCAACGGCGGCGGCAGGAUCCGAAGCGGCGGCGCCAGCCGGAGUAGCGUCAGCAGUCGCAGCAGCGGUGGCAGCCGGAGCAGUGGGGGCGGCAGGAGCAGGGGCGCGGUGACGACGGUGCGUGUGGAGUUCGAUCCCGCUUAUUGCUGGAAGAUUAGAGCCGAGCCCGCGUUCCCUGCGGGGCCACGAGUCGCGAAAAGCACGCCUGCCGCUGACCUCCAAGGCUCCAGCAGCAGCGCAACUGUAGAAGUGGCCGUGGCUCUUUCCAGCUGUACUCGUUUUGAGCCGCCUCAAUACACGCCCGGCAGCAGCACCGCCGUAGCAGUGAAAGCUAACGAGGCGGUGAAUCGCAGCAGCACUGCUGUAGAGGUGCCUGUAUCUCUCUCCGGAUCCAGCCUUCGCCCCGGGUUAAAGGAGCCGUUCCUGCAUGCUGAUGUGGACAGCGCAAAGAGGGGAAGGUGGAUGGGAAGCAUGGGCAUGGGGAUAGGUGGGGAUGAUGAGAAAGCGGAUGGCAGCAUCUAUGUUGCGGCACAAUGGCUUGUGGACAUGGCUGCAGGGAAGAGCGCUGCUGUGUGCUAG